GUUGCACCACACGAGUGAGAUCGUAGUACCUUCGCCGCUGAGCACAAGAGAGCGAGAUCGUCUUCUCUCUUUCUCCCUCCUCUCUUCUCUUCUCCGCUCUUUGCUCCGCUUCGCCACUUUCCUCCCUCUUUCGCGGAUGGUGCGGAUAACGCGGCGCGGCUGACGUGCCGGAAAGCUAGCGAAAAGCUUCCGGCUUUGCGAGAAGACAGUGCGCGCGCGUUGUUACGUGUGCACACGUGUCUCUCUAUCCAAAAAAAAAUCAACGAGCGUUUUCGUCGAAACGCGACGGUGUCUGUGUGUCGCUCUAAAAUCUCUCCCGCGCUCUCACUGUCUCUCUGUAACUCUCUCCUUCUUUCUCUCUCUCUCUCUCUCUCUCUCACAGUUCCCCUCUUUCUGUUCCUUGUUUUUCCUGACUGUCACUCUUUCCGCCUGUCGAUCGAGAAUGCAACACACUGGAUGAUCCUAUCGAACUGUGGAUGAGAUAUUUGGAAUAGAAAAAACACGAGGGGGGACAAAAAAGGGCCGAGAGACAAAAAGAAAGAGAAAGACAGAGAGAGAGAGAGAGAGAGAGAGAGAGAGAUUCUCUGGUGAACUCGCGGAAGGGUGUGUUUAAUGAGAGCCGUGAGAGCGGAAACGUGCGACAUGUGUCGAGGGAUUAUGCCGAUUUCUCGGUUCUGUGCGUGAUAAACGGAACACACACGUAACCGUGGCACCGGUCGUGACAAUUGACUUCGCGUUGGUGCGGAUUCCUGUGCGUGUUCGUAAGCACGAACAACGAUUCUUCGGCCGCCACCAUCGGAGUAGCCACGUUCGGGAUAACUCGAUUGUGAUCUCUCUCUCUCUCUCUCUCUUUCUUUAUCGUGCGGCAGUGAGAAGCCGUGUACUUCGCAAGCAGCGAAGAGGAAAACCUCAAGUUGCCGCCCCGACCCAAUUUAAAUCGCCGAUAACAGGCCAAUCGUCACAACGAUGCUGCGAUUCCGAGGAGGCGGCGGGAAAUCUGCCGACAAAUAAGACGUCAUUCGGAGGGAAGAGCGAGACGAGAGUAACUGACGAGUGAUCGACGCGCGUGAUUCCGUCUCGGAAAGAGUUACCGCGAGUAGUUUCUUCACACGUAAGAAGACGUGAAACAGCGCUGCGUGAAGGGAAAAGGAGGAGGAGAAGAGGGGAGAAAACACUCUGUGUGACUCCGUGCUUCGUACAAAAAUUCGGAUUGAGCAAAGUGAAUUCGAGGAGUGGCUUCCGACGAUCCCUCGCUACCUCGGGACCAUCUAUCAGAGAUAAAUGGAAUGAGGUGUCACAUUUCACCGUCGUGCACCAUCGGAGGACGUUUCGGGAAGCACCGCAGUGUACCGCAUGCAAUGACGACAAUGCCGUGGUACACGAGCCGCAGCAGCGGGAAUAGAUAAGAGAGCGAAGGGCCACGCGCCGAGCCAGUCAUGUGUAAUGUCAUGUGGCUCCUUCGGCUCCUGACGAUCUACCGCCUGGCUCAUCUCUCGGCAUCCGACACGCACACAGAACUGCCUCUGGCGACGGAGCCGGUUUCUACAAAAUCGACCACGGCGGCGAAGCGAUCCGUGCCGACGGACGCCCCGAUGUUGAAUUACAUUUUCGACGCGCACAGCACUCUGAACAAGCAUCAGCAUCACCAUGAUCACAGAUGGGGCCCUCACUUCGAAGGCGAGAGCUCCAACAUCACGGUGCAGGCUGGUGCUAGCGUCACUCUCGAUUGCAGGAUAUCCCUGCUGCAGGACAAAACCGUGUCCUGGGUACGUCGGCAGGAGAGUGGCGGCAAGAUGAAUCUGCUGACGGUAGGUCAGCACACAUAUACGGGCGAUUCGAGGUACACCAUCGAGUUUCAGUACCCGGACAACUGGCGUCUGCGUAUCAAGCGCGUUAACAGUAGCGACGAGGGCCAAUACGAGUGUCAGAUCAGCACCCAUCCACCCAAGUUCAUUCACGUCAAUCUACACAUUAACGCACCGUCCGUCCAAAUAGUGGACGCCCUGGGCGAGCCACUGCGGGACAAGUACUACGAGGCUGAUAGCACUAUCGAGCUUCUGUGCGUCGUACGGCAUAUAGCGAUGCAGGUGCAAUAUAGCGUCGUCCAAUGGCUGCACGGCAACAGAAUCUUGAACUACGAUACGACGAGAGGUGGUAUCAGCGUGAAAACGGACCUAAUGGAAGAGGGGGCCAAUUCAACUCUCAGCAUAGCUAAGGUUGGACCUACGGAUAGCGGAAAUUACACAUGCCAGCUCACCACCAUGCCGGACCAACCCGCCACGGUUCAUGUACAUGUUCUAAACGGAGAAAGCUUAGCGGAGCUACAUCACAGCGACGCUCGAACGAGUGCUGCCGUUAGCCUACCGUUGCUCUUCCUGGCCGUCGUUCUGCAGGUUCGAUUGGUGCUCAGAUGAAGACUUGACUGGCUACUUUGGCUUGCACGAGAGCCUCCGGUUUGGCAUCGCGACGCCGGACGAGACGCUGCCACCGCAUGGACUUUUCUAUCACCGUGACUAGAGCGGACACGAGGGCCAAAGAGGAAGUGUGUGUGUGUGUAUGUGUGUGUGUGUGUGUGUGUUACGUUACAUAUUGCGUUGAUAUAAGAAGCGUAGACGGGACAGAGGCGGUUGGCUGCGUUGUCAUAAAACGUUAUAUUCUAAACGCGAUUACGGGUCACACACGUUCGAUGCUCGAGAGAAAGAGAAAGGGGAAAACGCAUUACGAAAGAAUAUCUUCGUUCAUUCUCAACGCGAUUCCACUCGAAAGACUGUUUUUCAUAAAAGAGUCGACGAUGAAUUAACUCGUAACUCUAGAUCAGAAUUGAUAAUUUCAUACCUAUUGACAUUAAAAAGAAAAAAGCCCUUUACAACAGAAGCAAUUCAAUUCAUUAACGACAGGUUCUUAUUUUCAGGGGCGAUUUACACGCGUGUAAACGACGCGCAAGACCGUUCGAUUGUCUCAAGUACAUACGCCGUUCAAGCAGAUAUGCUCAUCAUCGAGCAAAUUAUUCGGUCAUCUCGGAACGAUACGACAACGUUGUUAAUAUCGAUCGCUCUCUCUCUCUCUCUCUCUCUCGUCUAGUUAUCCCAGCGGCGCGAUUCCAGCUCUCGCGUGUAAAAACGAAAAUCCAAGCCACGGUAAGAGCAUAAAUCUGUGUGUAUGAAAUAACCAAUAACUGGUAAACAAUAAAGAUCCGGAGGCGCGAACUGCUGACCGAGAUAUUGGAGUGGCUGGUAUCGCGUAUCACUAUGGCUGUGAUAAUCGAGACAAAUUGCGCCGUUCAAUUCGACCCCCCAUCUAUCACAAUUCACGCCAUUAAUAUCUCGCAAUUUUCCAAGCGUUCGCUUGCUCGUCGUCGAGGCGUUUUUAACAUACACAACGCGAGGAGGAGGAUUCGCGAAUUUCCCGAUAACACACACAGGAGAUCUUAUCAUCGCGUCCAUACAUUACCGAUAAUGCAUAAGCAAUCGAUUUGCGCGACGGAAGGCGUCGAUCAUCGAACGUCGCCGUAAACUGUCACCUGUCAAUCACGACUGUCUCUCGAGUAUCGCGAGAUUGUUGCGAACGGUUUCAAUUAGCGGACAAUUAAGGGUAGCAAUAUAUCAAAAUAUAGCGCGACCGACACAUGUAUAAUCUAUCAAUUAGAUUGCGAUGAUUUUUAACUUGGGGAAUGCAGGAGAGAAGAUUAGAGUGACUACUCACGCUGAUAUCAAUUCUCUCGGGCUGCCCUUUCGUGUGACAGGUUGUUAAUAUUUGUAUAAGUUUCAUUCAAAGAACAUCCAGACGCUGUCUUUCAGCAUCGAGACGUCAUUUCAUUCACGCGAAAAUCGCGCUUCAUAUCGUAUCAUUUCGGAGGAAUAAGGAAAUUUUUAUCGCACGGCUCGUCAAGACAGACCCGGGGUCUGAAUGUACGUUGCGGAGAUACGCUUGUCUUUCAUGCAGCCAACCAAAUCUCCCGAGACUUCACGGAUCACGUGCUAUAAUACAUAAAUUUCAAAGUGAAUCUAAUGUUCCCGCGAGGAAAAGCAAAAUCACGAAAUAUACGAUAUGCAUUUUA